GAAGCCGGAUAGAACAUCAAAGUCAAGCAGAAGCGGAGGAAGUAAGCGAAAUAAUCAGUGAAGCUGCAGUUACCACGGCGAAGGAGAUGGCGUCGCCUGUAGAAACCACGACACACUUACUCCUUCGAGUGAGCGGCAGUUCAUCUAACCGUAUUCAUAUUGGUACCAUUGUAGCAAUAGUACUCGUGUCAGUUUUGGCGAUAUUAACCAUUAUCUACUUCUCGUAUAGACGAUGGUGUAAACAGAAAUUGGUGAAAUAAAUAUUCUCCUCUCAGUGUUCAUCAAUAAUGCUCACGAUCAUUGUAGUUAGCAAAGGCAACAAGACGCUUUUCAGUCGUCGACGUUUCUACAUUAUUUUCGUAUCUGAUUUCACUUAAUUGUAACAUAUUUUAACGUAGUAUUCACUUAACUUCAUCAACGACAAUUCACUCAUCUCACUUAUUCUCCCAUGUGAUUGCAUUUGAGUCUGCGGAAUUUAAAUAUGUUCAGAAUUCCGAAUGUUCCGAAUCUCCUAAACAUUUACUGAACAUUGUGUUCACAACUUUUAUUCAUUCAUAUUUGUUAUCAAUUUGUAAUUCAUAAUUAACUGCACAAAGAUUAUCGCAAUGUUGUACUUUCACUCAGUGUCAAAUUUUAACAUGCAUACAAGACAAAACCAGUUGUUAUUGUCUGUUGUCUGUGCACCAAUGAAGAUUAUUGUCAUACCAGCUUUUGUAUUUCUCAAUCAAUAAAAAC